AUGUCCCUCCCCAACAUCUACCACCUCCGCCGGGUCGCGGACACCGCCGCCCGGGCAUGUACCAUCUGCUACAAACCAUCCAGCAGCGUGUUGAUCACGCCCGACAACAAGGACUUUUUCUACGUGUGUCCUGUGCAUCUGAAAGAUCGCAAUUUCUGCACGCCGGUUGUGGACGAGGGGGAGCGGGAGACGAAGCGGAAGGAGGAGGCCAUGGCAGCGGAGAUUGAGAAGGUGAAGAGGGAGUAUGAGGAGAGGCAGAGGCGGAAGAAGGAGAAGGAGAAAUCGAAAGAGAAGGGGGAUGGUGGGGAUAAGGAGGAUGGGACGAAGAAGGAUGAGCAGAAAGAGGAGAAGGAUAAGAAGGCGGAUGAUGAGAAGGAGAGAGAUGAUAAGAUCGCAUCCAUCCAAAAGUCCGAAACCACGUCCUCGGCCGAUGAUUCGCCUCGGAUCUUCGCUUUACACAAGAAUUUCUACGCCAUGCGCCUCGAAAGACUGCGUAAUGCCGAAGUCGCCAAGCGCAAUCGACAAAGAAUGCAGGAUCCGUCUUUCUUUCCAUCCGUUCCGUCUGGCGGGAUUUGA